GGCGCCCGGAUGCUCGGGGACCGGCGAGGAGGUACCGCGGCGUGAUCCUCGCUGCAGGCACUUUCAGCCACUCGGCCGGGUCAGAAUCCCACCUGGAACCCAUGAACUUCACUGACAGAGCCUCACAAUGACAGAGGAAGCAUGCAGGACACGAAGUCAGAAACGAGCGUUAGAACGUGAGAUAACACAUAACGAUGUGGACAGUAAAAAAAUAAAAAUGGAGAAAGGACUAUUAGGAACAGAUAUAAAUGCUGAAGGCGACAUGAAAAUAAAAACAGAUCCUGGAGCUGGAAAAGUGCAAGGAUUAUUAAAAAGUGGAGAGGUGAAAGCAACCAUUAAAGUGGAGGUUCAGACGGGAGAUGAGCCUGUGGACAUGAGUACCUCAAAAAGUGAAAUAAAGAGAGAAAAGAGAGUCCCCUCACCGGACGUUAUAGUGUUAUCCGACAAUGAACCUUCUAGCCCUAGAAUGAAUGGUUUAACAAAAAUAGCAUUAAAAGAGACCAACACAGAGGCACUCAUGAAAAGCAGUCCAGAGGAGCGUGAGAGAAUGAUUAAACAACUAAAAGAAGAGUUACGGUUAGAAGAAGCAAAGCUUGUUUUAUUGAAAAAGUUACGGCAAAGUCAAAUCCAGAAGGAGACCACUACUCAGAAGCCUGCUGGUUCCUCUGGGAGUGCUGUGGCCACCCCUCCGCCCUUGGUGCGGGGACCGCAGAGUGUUCCUGCUGGCAAGCCGUCCCUCCAGACCUCUUCUACACGUAUACCAGGCACUGUUAUUCCUCCUCCCUUGGUUCGUGGAGGGCAGCAGACUUCUUCAAAAUUAGGAACUCAGCAAAACACGCAGAUAGUAAUGCCACCUCUUGUCAGAGGAGCACAGCAAAUCCACAACAUCCGACAGCACUCCAGCACGGGGCCGCCUCCGCUGCUGCUGGCACCGCGGGCAUCGGUCCCCAGCGUACAAAUUCAGGGGCAGCGAAUUAUCCAGCAGGGUCUGAUCCGCGUCGCCAACGUCCCCAACACCAGCCUGCUUGUCAAUAUCCCGCAGGCUUCACCGACUUCAAUCAAAGGUACAACCGUGACAUCCGCUCAGGCUAAUGCUACUACGACCAGCGCCGCUUCCAUCGUCAACUCCAACGACUCGCCGGCCAGCCGGCAAGCCGCCGCCAAGCUUGCCUUGCGGAAGCAGCUGGAGAAGACGCUGUUGGAGAUCCCUCCUCCCAAGCCGCCUGCGCCAGAGAUGAACUUCCUGCCAAGUGCAGCUAAUAACGAAUUUAUUUACUUAGUCGGGUUGGAAGAAGUUGUGCAGAAUUUGCUGGAAACUCAAGGUAAAGUUUCGGUUGCUGUAUCAUCUCGUGAGCCCUAUAUGUGUGCUCAGUGUAAGACUGACUUCACCUGCCGUUGGAGGGAGGAGAAGAACGGAACCAUUAUGUGUGAAACCUGCAUGACAUCGAAUCAGAAAAAGGCCUUGAAAGCUGAGCACACUAACCGACUGAAGGCUGCCUUCGUAAAAGCACUGCAGCAAGAGCAAGAGAUUGAGCAAAGGAUACUGCAACAGACUGCGUCUCCUGUACAGACCAAGUCAGACCCUAUAGUGCAGCACCACUCGCUCAAGCAGAGUUCUAGCCAGAUGUCUCGAGGUCCUCCUGGAGCUCCACGAGGAGUGUUGCAUGCAUUUAGCCAGUCACCCAAGUUGCAGAAUGCAUCGUCUGCAGCAGCACUUGGGAGUAGGCCAGGUAAGCAUGCUGAGAGACCUGUCAGCAAGGGCAGCGCUGCCGCCUGGAAGAAGACUCCCAUCAAUACAGGUGGGGCUUUACCUUUUGUUAAUCCUAGUUUAGCUGUGCACAAGUCGUCUUCAGCAGUAGACCGCCAGCGUGAAUAUCUCCUGGAUAUGAUUCCCCCACGGUCCAUCCCACAGUCCGCCACGUGGAAAUAAUGCAGAGGAAUGCCCGAGAGGAAGACUUUCCUGUUUCUGCCAUCCUUUUUAUACCACAUUACAGUGGAAUCUGCUUUAAUCCCAGCUGGAUAUGCCCCAGGCUUUAUAGGAUGCAAGAAGACCACUCCUCAUCCCAUCGAGUGCUGCUGUCCCUGCUAUGAGAAAAUGACACCACGUGGGUGGGAAAGACUUAAGCUCAUUUGGUUCUCAGAUUCUUAUGAUUGACUGAUGAUGAAGGCUGUCAGGGAA